AUGGAGCCCCCGGUGGCCGCCGACGCCGGGACCCCUGCCGUCUCCCGGGCCGCCCCCCGCCCGCGCGCCCGCCUGUGCAGCCUGCGGGGCUUGCUGGGGCCCGAGAGACGUCGGGAGGCGGCGCGGCUGGCGGCGAUCGCGGUCCCCGUGUUCUUCGCGCAGUUGAUGAUCUUUCUCAUCAGCGUCGUCAGCUCCAUAUUCUGCGGACAUCUGGGGAAGGUCCAGCUGGAUGCGGUGUCCCUCGCUGUAUCGGUUGUGAAUGUUACUGGAAUUUCAGUUGGAACCGGCUUGGCCUCUGCUUGUGACACGCUAAUGUCGCAGUCCUUCGGAGGCAGGAACCUGAAGCGUGUUGGGGUCCUGCUGCAGAGGGGGACGCUCAUCCUGCUGCUGUGCUGCUUCCCGUGCUGGGCACUCUUCCUCAACACUGAGAACAUCCUCCUGCUCCUCAGGCAGGACCCUGAGGUCUCCAGACUAGCCCAAAUUUAUGUGAUGAUUUUUAUUCCUGCUCUUCCUGCCGCAUUUCUAUUCCAGCUGCAAACAAGAUAUUUACAAAGUCAGGGCAUCAUCAUGCCUCAGGUAAUUACUGGGAUUGUAGCGAAUAUCAUCAACGUGGGCAUGAACAUCCUGCUGCUCUACGUCCUGGACCUUGGAGUGCUAGGAUCUGCCUGGGCAAACACGACUUCCCAGUUCUUCUUGUGUGCUCUUCUAUUCCUGUACAUUCGGUGGAAGAAAAUCUAUACCAGCACCUGGGGAGGCUGGUCAAAGGAAUGUUUCCAGGAGUGGGGCUGCUUUAUACAGCUGGCAAUUCCCAGUAUGUUCAUGGUGUGCAUCGAGUGGUGGACCUUUGAGAUCGGAACCCUACUUGCAGGACUGAUUAAUGUCACAGAACUUGGAGCCCAGGCCAUCGUUUAUGAACUUGCCUCUGCAGCUUAUAUGGUGCCUUUUGGCCUUGGUGUGGCAGCCAGUGUCCGAGUGGGCAAUGCCCUGGGGGCAGGAGAUGCUGAGCAGGCCCGUCACUCCUGCGUCACUGUCCUGCUGUGUGCUGCUUUGUGUGGACUUGUAGUGGGUGUUUUGUUUGCAAUACUGAAGGAUGUGGUUGGCUAUAUAUUCACCAGUGACAAAGACAUCAUUUCCCUCGUGAGCCUUGUGAUGCCAAUCUAUGUUCCCUUUCACCUAUUUGAUGCACUUGCUGGCACCUGCGGUGGAGUCCUGAGAGGCGUAGGAAAACAGAAGAUUGGGGCUGUGUUGAAUGCCAUUGGCUACUACGCUUUUGGCUUUCCCAUUGGAGUAUCACUGAUGUUUGCUGCCAAACUUGGUAUAAUAGGUCUCUGGUCUGGACUGAUAGUUUGUGUCUUCCUUCAAGCCCUUUUCUAUUUGGUCUACAUCUGCAGGAUAAACUGGAUUGAAGCUGCAGAGAAGGCGCAGGUCCGAGCUGGGCUGAAAAGGAUGAAAGAGACAAUGCCUACCCCAACAGAUCUCCCUAUGAUGGACAAAGAAGUAAUUGAUGGAGUGAUUUUACCUGACGUCAUUCAGCCAGAGAGCCAAAACGUCCAGCUGGUGUUGGCAGAGGAAAGCAGCCAGUCUGACUUGUCCACCAUCGGGAAUGUUCUGACCGUGCGUCAGCUCAUCUUCUACCGCGGGCUAGCUUUCACUGCUGCUGUUGGUAUUCUCUUAGCAGGUAUUUUAAUAAGAGUUUUAAAUGACCGUGGCUAAAUGAGAAGAAUUCUCACCAGCCCACAAGCUAGAAAUAUAUGAAGUAUGGGAAGUGGCUAGUCAGUGAAACCACUGAGAGCGGUUUUGCUCUCAGCAGUGAGAGGAA